AUGAGAAUUGGUAAAGAAGAAAUGUCUCAACAUGAAAAAGAUAAACUUGAAGAUAUGAAUAUUAUGAGAGAAGUACUUGGUAAAAGUAAGACAAAGUCACCUGCUGUAUAUAAUACAACAAUGUCAUUGGACUUAAACAAAGCUCAAGUUAUAAGCAAGGGUGAGGAUGGUGAAGAUGGUGAAAACGAUGGAGAUGACAAAGCCAGUGAGAGCAGUGAAAGCUGCAAGGACCAAGAAGAACAGGAAGCUGAUGUCAGCAAUGAGAUCAGUUCUCAGAGAGAGGUCAUUGUUCAAAGCAACAGUGAAAGCAGCACCUUCAAGCACUCUGACACCAGUGCGUACAGUGACAAAAGACGGCCUAAAUUCUUUGGCAAGAUUGUGAAGAACACGGCAAAAAGAUCAGUCAAGAGCAUAAAGGAUAUUGGGCAUCAUAUAAAAGAGUUCAAUGAUACUCAGAUAUUGCUCUUAGAAUCAAAGUACGAGGAAGAGCUCAAGAACCAGAAGGAGAAGCUGCAAAAAGAGCUUCAAUGCAAGCAGUGGGUAAAAGGAGUGAUCCUUAUGGCAAAAACAUUUGACUGGUCUGAGGAGAAGACUAAGAAUGAAUUAGAAGAGAUGUAUAACCAAUACAUCAAUUAA